AUUCAGAACCAAAAAAAAAGAGAGAGACCGAGAGACAGAGACUGGAGAUAGAGCAGAGAAGAGAGACUCGCCGGCUUGCUGCGCCGCCACAGCCGUCAGCCACUCCGCCUGCCAUCCAUGCUAGACACAGGCCGCCGCCACUGACCCACGCAUCACGCAAGCCUCCAGUCGCCGCCGGUGGCUGAUCCGCCCACCCCACUUCCGAUACCGUUGAUGAACACACUUAAUGUUGCCGAAGCAUUCAAUUCUUGGAACCUGGAAGCGGAGUCUCUGGAGGAAGAGUUUCAAGUUCUUCACAACCCUUUGUCAAUCUCCACAAGCCCCUCACAACUGCAUAGUUUCUACCAACAUUUCUAUAACUAAGUACUGCAAAAAUGGCCAGCUCGACUUUGCUCGGAACCUGUUCGAUGAAAUGCCUAGACGAACUGUUGUCUCAUGGAACACCAUGAUAUCAGGUUACUCCAAAUGGUGGCAAUACUAUGAAGCUCUGAAACUAACUUCCAUUAUGCACGGUAGUAAUAUAAAGCUCAAUGAGACCACUUUUUCGACUACGUUAAGUGUAUGUGCGCGUUCCUCGUCAGUCUGUGAGGGAGAAGAGCUACAUUGUCUAAUUUUGAAAUCUGGGUUUGAGAGAUUUGAGCUUGUGGGUAGUGCAUUGUUGUACCUUUACGCAAGUUGUAUUGAUAUUGAAGGAGCAAAGCGGGUGUUUGAUGAGUUGCACGGUGAAAAUGAGUUGUUGUGGAGUUUGAUGCUUGUGGGGUAUGUGCAAUGUAACUUGAUGAGCGAGGCUUUGGAUGUGUUUAAUAAGAUGUCAUCUAGGGAUGUUGUGGCAUGGACUACGUUGAUUUCUGGGUAUGCGAGGAGCGAGGAUGGGUGUGAAUGGGCUUUAGAGUUUUUUAGGAGGAUGAGGGGGAGUGGUGAGGUGGAGCCUAAUGAAUUUACUUUGGAUUGUGUUAUAAGGGCUUGUGGAAGACUAGGAAGCCUAAGAGAAGGGAGGAUUGCUCAUGGGCUUUUGGUAAAAUAUGGGUUUGAAUUUGAUCACUCGAUUGCUAGUGCAUUAAUUGAAUUCUAUUGCGAUUGUGAAGCUAUUGAUGAGGCCAAGAGAGUUUAUGAUUGGAUGGGAAACCUAGGUUUAAAUGCUUCAAAUUCACUUAUUGGAGGGCUCAUAUUUAUGGGUAGGAUUGUAGAUGCUGAGAUAAUUUUUGGUAGGCUAGUUGAAAAGAGUGCAGUAUCAUAUAAUCUGAUGAUUAAAGGUUAUGCAAUGAGUGGCCAAGUCGAGGAAUCUGAGAAACUGUUUAAUAGAAUGACGGAAAAAACUAUAAUUUCUUUGAAUACCAUGAUUUCUGUGUAUUCCAGGAAUGGGGAAAUUGAUAAAGCUUUGAAGCUGUUUGAAGAAACAAAAGGGGAAAGAAACCCAGUGACAUGGAAUUCAAUGAUGUCGGGUUAUAUUCAAAAUCAUCGACAUGAAGAUGCUUUCAAACUAUAUGUGACCAUGCACAGAUUAUCAAUAGACCAUACUAGAUCAACUUUUUCUGCUCUUUUUCAUGCCUGUACAUGCCUUGGAUCUCUUCAACUAGGAGAAUUACUUCAUGCCCAUGUGAUCAAAACACCAUUUGAAUCAAAUGCUUAUGUUGGAACUUCUCUUGUAGAUAUGUACUCCAAAUGUGGGAGCAUCUCCAAUGCACAAAAAUCAUUUUGUAGUAUCUCUUCACCCAAUGUGGCAGCGUGGACAGCUCUUAUUAAUGGAUAUGCACAUCAUGGGCUUGGCUCCAAAGCAAUUUUACUCUUUGAGGAAAUGUUAAAGCAAGGAGUUGUUCCCAAUGGAGCUACCUUUGUGGGGAUUCUGUCUGCUUGUGGUCGUGCUGGUCUAGUCGAUGAAGGGAUGAAAUUUUUCCACUUAAUGCAAAAAUGUUAUGGAGUAACACCAACUUUGGAACACUAUGCAUGUGUGGUGGAUCUUCUUGGUCGCUCAGGCUAUCUACAAGAAGCUGAGGAGUUCAUAAAAGCAAUGCCUAUUGAAGCAGAUGGGGUUGUCUGGGGAGCUUUACUUAGUGCCUGUUGGUUCUGGACAAAAAUGGAGUUGAUUGGGAGAGUGGCUGAGAAGAUCUUCAAUUUGGAUCCUAAGGCAGUAUCUGCUCAUGUUAUUCUAUCUAACAUGCAUUCGAUAUUGGGCAAAUGGGGAGAGAAGAUGAAUGUGAGGAAGAGAUUAAGGAGCUUAGGCAUAAAAAAGGCUCCCGGGUGUAGUUGGAUUGAGUUGGAAAGCAACGUUCAUGUGUUCACUGUAGAAGAUAGAACCCAUCCUCAUUGUAAUGUCAUUUAUGCAACUUUGGAGCAUUUAACAUCAAAUAUAAAUUCCCUGGUUCAAUAUGAUUUUUAUUUUGGUUUUACAUCAAUAGUGGAGGCUGAUUUCUUUAAAACAAAAUACCCUUGUUGAUAAAGGUCAUGUUAGUUGUGUGAUCCAUUCUCCUAUCUCAUAAACAAGAGGAAGUGUGGGCCUUUUUUGUUAUUGUGCUGUGCUUUCUUAUGGAAGCAACCAGUUUAACCAUUUCAUGGGAGUAGCACUACUUGCACAAUCCAGUCCUAGAAAACUACAGAGGGUAAGAUACUGAUCUCAAAUAGAGAAGAAUUAUGCCAUUAAAAGUGAAGGGAAAGAUUUUGUUCUUGCUGAAAUCUAAAGAAAAAUAGUAACAAAAAAUUUCUGUUUUGCUGUAAUUCAAAAAAAGGAGAAGAAACAUGAUUGAAAAGGGAAAAAAAGUUGGAUUGGAACAGGGACUGGGGAGAGAAAAAUCUGAGACUGCAGAAGAAGAAUAAAAGAGAUCGAAAGAGAGAUAAAUCUCCGGUCAGCCCCCACUGUCAUGCAGCUGGAACUGUUACCAGUAAAAGUUUUCUUUAUUCUUUUUAAAAUUACGCAAUGACUAUGAUUUAUGUUUGGGUGUUUGGUAGUAUAGGUUCGAUUUAGGCAUUUGUGUUGCACUUGAUUUUGAUUAAGCUUAUUAAAUUAGACUUGGUUUAUGGUUGGGGUAUUUGUGUUGUUCAUCUGGUUUUGUGUUUUGGAGUUAAAGUUGUUUUUGAAAAUUUUUCAAUCCGGCUGGAAAGCAGAGAGUAUUUUUGGUCUCUUCAAUUUCUUUAUGCUUCUUGAAUGAACAUUCCUGGUGAAGAGUUUCCAAUCGUUUCACUCAGCGUUUAUCAAGUACAAAUUUAGGUUUCUUUUUAACUCUCUCUUGGAUUCAGUUGUAGAUUUCAUUUGUCAUUGAUUGAUUUCAAUUCCAAAUCUGUGUAAUAAAAAAUUAAAGGGUUUUUCUUUAGCUUUUUCUUUUCUGGGUUUGUAGGUGGGAGGGCAAAUUCUUGGAAGCAAUACGAGUCUCUCCUCUGCUUUUGUGCUGUUCCUUCCCUGCAACAACAAAUGUUUCAUUCUUAAUUUCUAAUCUUACAAUGUUUACACCUUUUUACUUC